AUGGUCCACAAGAAAUGGGGUUCACCAAAAGCAGCAAAAGAGUCUGAAAAAUUCCCAGAACCAAUCACUACCCCAAGGCUGAAGUGGAAGAAGCUCUUCUUCCACAGCAUCAACCCUUCAAAACCCAACAGCAACAACAAAACCCAGAACCCUCCAGAAGAGUUCCUCUGCCCCAUUUCAGGUUCCAUCAUGGCAGACCCUGUCAUCGUCUCCUCCGGCCACUCCUUCGACCGUGCCUCCGUCCAAGCCUGCAAGGAUCUCAACUUCACCCCUCAACUUCCUGAUGGUAACACCCCUGAUUUCUCCGUCGUCAUUCCCAACCUUGCCCUCAAAUCCUCCAUUCUCAAAUGGUGCCAAACCCAAACCACCACCGCACCCAACACCGCCACCACAGAGAACCUCGUUCACACACUAAUGGCUUCCAAGCCGCCACCACCAAAAGACCCACCUGUGAAUCUCUUCACCCGCGCAGAAACUCAAGUCCCUCUGCGACCAACCCACCUCUACACGAGCUCCGAGGAAUCCAUAGCCACCGCAGCUUCAUCAUCAACCCCGCCACUGCAAUUCUCAACGCAACCCAGUUACUGCUACUCUUCCCCUUCCUCCUCUGAACUCGAACCAGCAACAACCCCAGAAGAAUAAGAAAUCGUAUUUGAAUCGAACGAGCUUCUUCCUCGGUUCUUACUCUCCGCGCUUCUUCCCCCC